AAUUAAUUUUUACGUCUCUUACGUAAUAGGACAUGCAGUAUCUGCGUCCUCUAGUUACUUUGUCAUGCGUUCGCUUGUUGGUCUGAUCGCUGUCAUAUUGACGGCUACUUUUUACCUUUAUUUACUGUCCACUUAUCUCCCCCCUGGACCUCAGCUGCCUAAGCAAGAGCAUGAAGGAGAGACGAGAAAAUCUAAUGAUGAGGAGGACAACCCAAGUGAAAUGGAGACUGCGGCCUCCAGGUUGAAGUUCCCAUCAGACCUGGAUGAGCUGAAAGAGAUGGCAGAGCUGUUGCAGUUUUAUAAGACACAGCACACAGGAUAUGUGUUAUUACUCUUCUGCAGUGCCUACCUCUACAAGCAGGCUUUUGCUAUACCCGGUUCCUCUUUCUUAAACAUCUUGGCUGGGGCCUUGUUUGGGACGUGGUAUGGUCUUCUCCUCGCGUGUGUCCUCACCACAGUGGGCGCCACUCUCUGUUUCCUCCUGUCCCAGGCGUUCGGCAAACAGCACAUUGUGAGACUCUUCCCUGACAAAGUGGCCAUGCUGCAAAAGAAGGUUGAGGAAAACAGAAGUAGCUUGUUCUUUUUCCUGCUGUUCCUGAGAUUCUUUCCCAUGAGUCCAAACUGGUUCUUAAACAUGACCUCGCCAAUCCUGAAUAUUCCUGUCACUCUUUUCUUCAUGGCUGUCUUCAUUGGCCUGAUGCCGUACAACUUCAUCUGCGUCCAGACGGGAUCAAUGCUGUCUCAUAUCUCCUCUCUGGAUGACUUGUUCUCCUGGAGUGUGGUGUUGAAACUACUGUUUAUUGCCUGUGUUGCUCUGCUGCCUGGAGCUCUGAUCCGUAAAUACAGCACUCAACAUCUCCAUCUGGAUUGCCUUGAAACAAAUGGACUCAGUCACGACAAGAAGAACAGAUAAGGGACAGUGUGGAGUCUGUCAUUCAGUCCACCUUGGCUGCUUUGUGGGUGGCUACUAUUUGUGUUUAAAGUGACUUUUUUAAGAGCUCUUAAAAAAAAUUGUGGCCUCACAUUUUUUAAAAAUGGAAAUGUAAUUUUUUACAUAUUCUUUACUUGGAAGACUGCUAUGGCUUUACUGGCAUGGGUUGUGAUGCAAGUAAGAAAAAGGGACUUUUUUGGAAGAUCCAUAUUUAUAAUGUUGGUUAAAAAAGAUGUGGAAUCGUGCAGCAAAGUAUAGACAUUUGAGGUAUUUAAUACCAUUCUUCUGUAUUUACAGACUGUAAUAACAUGGAUAUUGUGGAUUUUGGUUGUGGGUUACUGUCUUUGAAGUCUCACAUCAGCCUUAAAAGUGACCUACCUCACUGAAGUGAAAUAUUUAAUAUUUUACUUUCUUGGAGUACUUGUAAAUAUUAAAAUGGAACAUCAAGCUGUAAAUAUUCACUGUGGGUUUUUGUUUCUUUAUGGGGACGGAGGCAGUAUGUGAAGUCCUGCCUGGUCACUCAAUGGCCAUCCAACUUAAUGUUGAAAUGGUGAAUUAAAGCCAAUCCUUUUCUAUGUAUCAGUGGCAUUAGCAAUGCUGGGAGCAGAAUGCAGUAUUUUUAUUCACCGAACAGGCGAACACCCACAUCAUGUGAGUAAAGCUGUUUACGAUGUGAUCAAUCAUCUGACAAUAAACUCGUUCCAUUAGCUUCUUUCAGAACAUUUGAUCACAUCUGCAUGCUCUUCAUUUCAAGUCGGUGUUCAUAUGCACAGUUGAUGAAUGUUAUGAAUGCGGGUUUUUUUAAUUAAAGGAAAAAAUGCCAUCACAUUAUGAUUAUUGCAAUUGUCUGACC